AUGAUGUGGGUGCAGUGGGAGGGCUCAGUGGACCCAGGGGCUCGUGGAGGUGAAGCCAAAGACAAGGAGUGGAUCUCCGUCACCAAGCUGGGUCGUCUGGCUAAGGGCAUGAAGAUAAUGUCCCUGGAGGAGAUCUACUUGUUCUCCCUGCCCAUUAAGGAUUCUGAGAUUAUUGAGCUUUUCCUGGGCAUGUCCCUAAAGGAUGAGGGUCUAAAGUUCAUGCCCAUUCAGAAGCAGACUCAAGAUACUCAGGGGAGCAGGUUCAAGGCUUUUGUCACAACUGGGAACAACAGUGGUCAUGUUGGCUUUGCUAUUAAAUGUUCCGAGGAGGUAGCCACUGCAAUUCUAGGGUCCAUUAUCUUGGCCAAGCUUUCCACUGUUCCUGUGCAGAGAGGCUAUGGGGGCGGGGGCAAGAUUGGCUGUCUCUGUACUGUCCCAUACAAGGUGACAGGCUGCUGUGGCUCUCUGCUGCUGGUGAUGCAUAUAUCCCUACCCCCAGUGUAUGGCAUCGUCUCUGUUCCUGUGCCCAGGAAGCUGCUGCUGCCAGUCAGCAUUGAUGGUUUCUUUACAUCAACCAGAGGAUGCACUGCCACCCUGGGCAACUUUGCCAAGGUCACCUUUGAUGCCAUCUCUAAGACCUACAUCUUCAUGUCCCCCGAUCUCUGGAAAGAGACAGUGUUCAGCAAGUCUCCUUCUCAGGAAAACACUAACCUGAUAAGGAAUUCCUACAAAAGCCCACACCAGAGUCUCCGUUCAGAGGACCCAGGCUCCAGCUGA